CGGCGAUCAGCUCGACGAUGACGACUCCGUCCUGUCACAUACACCCCCGAAGAAGGCGAAGAAAGCUCCCGCAGCGAAGAAGGGCGGCGCCAAACCUCUUGCAGAUGUCGAAAAUGAAUCCUUCACGAAUGAUGCUGACGCCGGCCCCAAGGACUCGAACGUAUCAGAGAAGUACCAGAAGCUUACACAACUUGAACAUAUCAUUAAACGUCCGGAUACAUAUAUCGGGUCCAUUGAACGUACCUCGCAGCACAUGUGGGUGUACAGUUCGGAGUCGGAGGGGAUGGAGUUCCGUGAGGUCUCGUAUGUCCCUGGUCUCUACAAGAUCUUCGAUGAAAUCGUCGUCAACGCUGCCGAUAACAAACAAAACGAUGCCAACAUGGACGAGAUUCGCGUGACCAUUAGCCGGGAAACCGGCGAAAUCAGCGUCUGGAACAACGGUCGCGGUAUCCCAAUUGAAAUGCACGCAAAGGAGAAGAUUUACGUUCCGGAACUCAUUUUCGGUCAUUUGCUCACCUCCUCUAACUACGAUGAUACCCAGCAAAAGGUCACUGGUGGUCGUAACGGUUUCGGUGCUAAGCUCUGUAACGUUUUCUCCACCGAGUUCAGCAUCGAGACUCAGGACUCGCGGCAGAAGAAGAAAUACAAACAAACGUGGACCAGCAACAUGACGAAAAUGGGCAAGGCGAAGAUCACUGAUGCGAAGGGUGACGAUUACACCAAGGUCACAUUCAAGCCAGACUACGCCAAGUUUGGAAUGGACGGUAUGGAUAACGACUUCGAGGCCCUUGUGAAGCGUCGUGUUUACGAUUUGGCGGGAACCGCGAAAGUGGCGGUCAAGUUGAACGGUAGCCGGGUGCCCGUUCGCAACUUCAAGAAGUACAUGGAGAUGUACACCAAGGCGAUCCGCCGGGAACGUGGUGACGAUGGUCCAGCCGCUAAGGACGAGAUUAUCACCUGCAGCCCUGAUCCUCGUUGGGAAGUCGGCUUUGCAGUCUCAGAUGGCUCCUUCCAACAGGUGUCGUUCGUGAACUCCAUUGCUACGACCUCCGGUGGUACCCAUGUAAACUAUAUUGCCGACCAGAUAUGUAACAAACUGGCCGAGCAAGUGAAGAAAAAGAACAAGAACGGCGCCACUCUAAAGCCUGCUCAGAUUCGGAAUCAUAUCUUUAUUUUCGUUAACGCUCAGAUUGUCAACCCGGCCUUCACCUCUCAAACCAAGGAGCAGCUGACCACCAAGACCUCCCAAUUCGGCAGCAAAUGUGUUCUGGAAGAGGACUUCUACAAGAAGAUCUUGAAGACGGACGUCAUGUCAAAUAUUUUGCAUUUCGCUCAGCAAAAGGCCGACCAGAUGCUGAAGAAGACUGAUGGUGGUCGCCGUGCUCGUAUGAACAAUCCCAAGCUGACCGAUGCAAACAAGGCUGGUACCAAGGAUGGCCAUCAUUGCACACUAAUUCUGACAGAAGGUGACUCGGCCAAGGGUCUGGCCAUGGCUGGACGUUCCGUGGUCGGUCCAGAUCUCUUUGGUGUUUUUCCCCUCCGAGGAAAGUUGCUCAACGUCCGUGAUGCCACUUUUGAACAGAUAUCGAAGAACGCAGAAAUCCAGAAUAUCAAAAACUUCCUUGGGUUGCAGCACAAGAAAGAAUACACGGAUACCCGUGGGCUGCGUUAUGGACACUUGAUGAUCAUGACCGAUCAGGAUCAUGAUGGUUCUCACAUCAAGGGUUUGCUCAUCAACUUUUUGCAAGCUCAAUUCCCGAGUUUGUUGAAAAUUCCGGAGUUUCUCAUCGAGUUCAUCACGCCCAUUGUUAAAGUGUGGAAGGGUGACCCGAAGAAUCCUACGAAGCAACGCUCGUUCUUCACCAUGCCUGAGUAUGAGGCCUGGAAGGAGGAACACAAGCACGAACGCGGCUGGGACCACAAGUACUACAAGGGUUUGGGUACCAGUACCACCGAAGAUGCACAAAUCUACUUCCGGGACCUUGACCGCCAUCUUAAGGAGUUCCACACCAUGCAGGACAACGAGGUGGGCCUGAUUGAGCUUGCUUUCUCCAAGAAGAAGGCCGACGAGCGAAAGGAGUGGUUGCGUCAAUUCAAGCCGGGAACUUUCUUGGAUCACUCAGUGUCCAAGAUUUCUUACACCGACUUCAUCAACAAGGAACUUAUCCUAUUCAGUAUGGCGGACAAUAUCCGUUCGAUCCCUUCGGUCGUGGAUGGCCUCAAGCCCGGUCAACGUAAGGUUCUCUAUACCUGUUUCCGCCGCAACUUGAAGAAGGAUAUGAAGGUGGUCGAGUUGGCGGGUCACGUUUCUGGUAUGACCGCGUAUCAACAUGGUGACGCCUCCUUGCAGCAGACCAUCGUUGGCCUGGCACAGAGUUUCGUCGGGUCCAACAAUGUGAACUGUCUGGAGCCUAGUGGUAACUUUGGUAGUCGUCUUCAAGGUGGAUCCGACUGUGCCAGUGCUCGUUAUAUCUACACUCGCCUGUCGCCAUUCGCUCGACGUGUCUUCCACGCUCAUGACGAUCCUCUACUUACUUACAAUGAGGAUGAUGGUGAAAAGAUUGAGCCGGAAGUCUACGUGCCCGUGGUUCCCAUGAUCCUGGUCAACGGCGCUGACGGUAUUGGCACCGGCUGGAGUUCAUCCAUCCCUAACUACAACCCCGAGGACAUCGUGGACAAUCUCAAGCGACUCAUGGACGGAGAAGAAAUCCGACCCAUGCAGCCAUGGUUCCGCGGAUUCACCGGUGAAGUCACCGAUGUCGGUGGCGAUCGCUUUAAGUUCAGUGGUAUCAUUAAAGAAACUGGUGAGAAGGAAGUUGAGAUCACCGAACUUCCUAUCCGGACCUGGACUCAGGACUUUAAGGACAAGCUGGAGGAUAUCAUCAAGGCUGAGAAGACUCCUUCGUUCAUCAAGGACUACAAGGACUACAACACCCAUACCAAGGUACAUUUUGUCAUCCAGUUGGAUGAGAAGAACAUGAAGGGCGCUCUGUCUGAAGGCCUGGAGGAGAAGUUCAAAUUGUCCAAAACGGUGGCGACCACUAACUUGGUAGCUUUCGACCCAGAAGGUCGCAUCACAAAGUAUGCGGCCGUUGAUGACAUCCUUAAGGAAUUCUAUACCUAUCGUCUAAAGUUCUACGAGAAGCGCAAGCAGUACCAACUCUCGCAGCUUCAAAAGGAGCUCGACAAGCUCAGCAACCAGGCGCGCUUUGUCCAGGAGAUCAUCGAUGGGAAGUUGGUCGUCUCCAAGAAGAAGAAGAAUGUCCUGGUCCAGGAACUGAAAGACAAAGGCUACAAGGCAUUCCCUAAGGUGGCUGAAGCCGUCAAGGCUGGAGAAGAAGAGCGCGUCGUUGAGGAAGAGGAUAACGAGUCUGACUCUCAGGACACCGAAGUUCUUUCCAGUGCCUACGAUUAUCUUUUAGGUAUGGCCAUUUGGUCUUUGACCCAGGAGCGUGUCGAAAAGCUCCGCCGCCAGAUUGGCGACAAAGAGGUCGAGGUCGACGCGUUGAUCAAGAUGUCCAAGGAGGAUAUCUGGAAGCGUGACCUGGAAGAGUUCAUCGCUGAAUGGAGAUUCCAGCUCGAGGAUGAACAUCGUCGCCAGCGUAAGGUGGCCAUGAUGGGUCGGCGCGGGUCCUCGAAGCUCAUGACGACGGCUGGCCGUGGAGCGGGAGCGAAGAAGCGCAAGGCUGCUCUUGGAGAUGACCCGGAUGAUGAGGACUUUGCCGCCCCUAAGACGAAGAAGUCCGCUGCGGCCAAGAAGGCUGAACCUAAAGGCGGCCUCCUCAACUACCUGAAUAAGCCAGCAACGAAAUCUAAGUCUCCGCCCAAGGACGAAGACAACUCCGACGAAGACUCCGAUGUGGAAGUAAUGCCUAAGAAGAAGCGUGGAGCGUCCAAGCCUCCCAAGGAGGAGGAUGAAGAUGACGACUUCGGUCUAUCAGAAGUAGAAGAGAUUAUGCCGAAGAAGAGUCGUGGAGCGUCCAAGCCUCCCAAAAAGGAGGAUGAAGAUGACGACUUCGGUCUAUCAGAAGUAGAAGAGAUUAUGCCGAAGAAGAGUCGUGGAGCACCUAAAGCUGCCGCUAAACUCGCUUCCAAAGCGAAAGAAGUGGACGAGGAUGUAAUGGAAGUCGAGGCACCUCCCAAGAGAGGCCGCCCAGCGGCUAAGGCCAAGCCUAAGCCUACGGCUAAGCCUAAGGACGAGGAGGACGAGGACGAUCUUGAUGAUGAUGACUUCGCUGAGAUCACAAAAGCUGAGGCGGCCAAGUCGUCCGCUCCCCCUAGCCGGUCUCGCAAACCUAUCAAGUAUGCUAUGAGCGACUCUGACAGUGACAACGGAGAUGAUCUCCUGGGCGAUGUCAGCCAAAUGGUCAAGGGCAUUGGAGCCAAGGACAGCGCUACGUCCGACUCCCGAGAGCUUUUCUCCGAGCAUAAGCCCGGAAGCAGCUCCGGAUUGCAGACAAGCCCUCCGAAGACAUCGAGGAUCUCAUCUGAUUUCGACGAUGAGACUGAUUACGGCAAACUCUUGCCUUCGAAGUCUCCGCGGCGAUCGUUGCAGGUCAAGCCUAAGGAAGUGAAGGUCUCGGAUGAUAAUGUCGCCGAAGAGGACGAUGAGGAGGAGCCUGUGAAGCCCGCCGCCCCUAAAGCUAAGUCAGCCGCAAGGGCCAAGGCGGCAGCCACUGCCGCGAAGCCGACCACCGCGAAGGCGCGCGGUCGUCCUAAGAAGGAUGCCACUGCUGCUGCUAAGACGGCUGCGGCCACCAAGCAGACCACCUUGUCACCAGCUGCCAAGGCCUACGCUUCCAAGCAAGCCAAGACCACUACCCGGAAGAAGAAGUUAGCCGAUGACUUAUCCGAUGACGAUAUUGACGCUAUGGCCAAUGAUAUCUUGGACUCCCCCGCUGGGGGCAAGAAGGCGGCCGAUUCGGAAGAAGAGGAGGUGCGUCCUGCUCGGAAGCCCGCUGGUCGGCCUGCACGGCGAACUGCAGCAGCCAAGAAAACCUACGUGAUCGACGAUGACAGCGAGGACGGAAGAGAUGCUUCGGAAGAUGAUUUCCAGGAGGACAGCGAGUGAGGCGAGAAGUGAUGCACCGGGAGACGUUGAGCGUCUAGAUUUCAUUUCGUGAUGGUAUCAAACUAUUGACGGCCAUUCUCUAUUGUGUUCCAUAUCUCUCUCUUUUCUCUUAUGUUAUUCUUGAUUUUGUAUCUUGGCGUUGGGUCUCGGAAUUGACUCGGCCUUAGGGGAUAGCAGUAAUUUAAGGCAUUUACCACCGAGCAGAA